AUGCACUGGGAGAAAUGUAAGUACAUGAUCCUUUUAAAAAAUUGAAUCGAAAUUGAAAUUAGAAAUGUUGACACAUCAACUAAUGAACAAAUGAAUUUAUUUGACCAAAUGUUGUGCUAUAUUCCAAAACAUUAUAUUCUACCUCUUAUCAAUUGAUCAAACAUUACCAAACAGAAUCAUUUUGAUCUUUGACUACGGUAUGCAAACAUCUUAUUGCAGGGAAAGUAAUACCAGCUGAUUCAGUGUCAAUUAGCCUACCUUCUCCAACUGACCAGUCAUUAUACAAUAUGUAUGUAGGCGCUGUGGAAAUGUGCACAGUGUUGAACAAGUCCAUAUGAUUACUACAAGAUAACAGCACCGAGAACUAUGGCAUGUGAAUGAGCAUUUUGCACAUUGUCAUUGAGGGUCAAAAGUUGGGGUCAGAGGUUGAGGGUCAUAAUUGAUACAACAUGCCCUACAGAAAAAUGAUUUACUACUUAAUAUUUGCUGAGUCAACCGUUCAGGUCAUGUGACGACAUGUUUCAGGUCAGUCUUGAUGGAUAGUUUUCUCCAAGCCUCCUCACCUUUUUGCACUCUAGUGUCAUGGUUAAGAUGAUUUACAGUGGUUUUCGACUGAGAAAGUCGUUAUAAAGCAACAACACAUUAGGAGAUGUAAAAUUUUUGGCCAAUGUAAAAGGAACAGAAGAUUAGGCCUCUGUUUGGACAGAGGGAUUUUUACAAUAUUUAAUCAGAGACAGGGAUGGUGUUAAAGUAUCACUUUGAACCAAAUCCUAAUUUGAGAUCAAUAAUUUUAACUAGAGUAACUUUCUACUUCAGUAUGUUGACGUGCGGUAAAAGGGCUAAAAGUUAUGUUGUCAGAAUCACUGGAGAAAGUGUUAUGUUGAAGCCCAUUUGGAAACAGGAAGACAAUCAUUUGGAGGUUGGUCUUCAUGUUGGCUAUAAUCUUGAUAUGCAAAACGGCACAAGCCCCACACCACAUCACAGCUGCAUUUCUUCCUCUUUUGUAUAGCUCAGAAUCUUAUGUCUGUGUGUGUGUGUGUGUGUGCGUGCGUUUGGCGUGCGGGCGUACAUGCGCGUGCGUGUGUGUUUAUCUGUUUAUGAAGAAUAGGACUGAAUUCAUGAAUUUUUUCAUGUUCUCUUAGAUCUUCAUGUGUUUCAUAUAAAUUAAAUACUGUAUAUCAUUAUAACUGCUAAUUUUCAUAUUAAAUAUGGACACCCCCUUCAACAUAAUUCCCUCACACACUCGCUCAAUCUAAUUUCCAUUUGUACAGUUUCUGGUUGCUCCAAUUACAUUGAGAGUUUAUAUUCACCAAUAGGUAGUGGAAUAUAAUAAUGCAUUAUAGAAAAAAACAAUGAAGAUCCUCCAACGCAUCAAAUUCAGGUCAAAAAAGGAAACAUUUUAUUCAGUUUCACAGCAAUAUAGCUUUACCUUCCAUUGGUUGGUUCUAACGGUAUGACCUCUGAGUAAUGCUGCGUGCCGUAGCUUUCUGUCCCACUGACAUGCAUGCUGUACAUCUGGUUACUGCUUGUCAGAAACCACAACUUUCUCAGGGGCUGCAUGAGGGCUGUCUGCCUACAGUCCAGACACACUUAGUGUAAUUAAAGGGAAAGUUCACUUACUUUUUAAGUUUAUGCUUAUCUUUUGACUUGCCUAAAGUUUUACUGUAAGUUCAUUAGCUGGUUAUUUAGUAUAGUGUCAUUGUUUUGAUGAAACAACAACUACAAUUCAGAAAUAUGAAGUUACUCAUUGAUCCUGCUCCAGGUGAAACAACACAUUCAGAAGGAUCUACUACAGUGGGAUCAGUUACAGUCUUCUGCACCACAGUAAGUUAAGUGUAAAUGGAAGAGGACAUUUAGUGCAGCGUUGAUGGGCUCAUUGAGUGAUAUCUAGGAAUGGGGGGGGGAGUAGUAAUUGGUAUUACAGUAUUGUCUGCUAGUAAUUGGGCCUUAUAGAGUUGAAUGAUAAUGUGAAGGUAAUUUAAAAUUGUUAUUUGGUUAAAAAGUUCAAUCAGCUGACUGCUCCUGGAGUCAGUGUAAUUUACCGUGCUGGGGGGGUAAAUCAAUCAGAUUUCGAUUUAGAUCUGGAAAGGAAAGUGGCAGGACUCGCUCCAGAUAACCACACAAGCCACGUGCUUACAGUACACAGCCAGAUCUGAAACAAUAGGGCCUCCACCUCUGCAUUACAGAUCAUCAUCAGUCUCUAGACACUUGACAACAGGAAAAGGGUUCCCAUGGUUUCACACACCUUGGUCACACACGUGCAGACAAACAGGGUCUUAUUGUAUGUGACAGGGAUUUUUAAAGGUAGUUUUAAAAAAAAUAUUAAAACCUGGGGAAAUGUAUAAGUCAAAGGCACAGUAUGAUAUUCCUUUCCGUAGUCAACCAAAUUUGUAUUAAAUAAGUUAAAUUUUUAUGGACCAAUUUCAUGAGCCUAAAGACCAUGAUUUUUCCCUCACUAAAAUGUAAUGAAUUGAGGGUAAAAGUUCAUCUGCAGAUGCCUUGCCUUAGUUGAGUGAUGUUUAACUUUUGACCUUUUUGAUUAAUUAUGUCACUGAGAAAGAACAGGGAGUGUGUCUGAUAGUGAGUCAAAGUUAUAAUAAAUGUGCAUUAAAUAUCUACUGGUUCAUAUCAUUAAGAGAAGAUUAUUAAUUAAAAACAAAUGUAUUAAGUGGGAGUUGACGAAGGGAAUAGAAGUGAACUGGUAGCAAUUCAACUUCCAAAAUAUAAUUUUCAACAAAGCUGCUCACAGUUUAUGACUCAUACGUAUUUUUCAUUCACGCUUAGUCCAUCGAUCAAAUUCUGAAUAAGUUGUCAUUAAUGACAUGCCUAUGGGAAAAUGCCUCCCUCUAUUUACAAUGUAUCAACAUGAAAUUCUCUAUAGCCUAUUCUAGUCUAUCAAAUUGACAAAUUGUUUGUAAAAAGAUGACAGUUUAUAUAGCAAGUGAGUAUGUGCUGUUCUCAUGUUAGAAGUGUGUUUCAAAUACCAACUUGGCCUACUUAAAGAGGCCACCACACUCAGGUCCAGUUUCAUUUCAAGCUAAUACAUGCAGAAUGUCCGAGGUAGCAUGAGUUUCGGUCUGUCUUCGUGCCUACAGACAUAGGGUUGCUGGGUGUGGCACACUUGAGCUUCUACUUUUGUUUCUAUUAUGUUCCUUCCUGUCCACUUACCCAAUCAGAACCAAUAUCAGUGGUGCAAAUCACAUCUAUGAUACCUCUUAUUGAAGAGUUUUUACAGAACUUUUGUUUCUGGGGGUGCUCUCGAGCCAAAAGGUGUCUCCUAAAUGGACAGAAAUAUUGUCUUGAAAUUACCUCAGGACAGAAAGGGGCACACCUCCCCACCGCACCCAUGACGCAAACAAUAAGCAACUGAACCUCCAUAUUGUAUCUUUAAAGAGCAAUCAAUGAAUAAUAGAGGUCUGUAGUUGCAGACUCAACCCUUUGCUGCCCUGAUGACACACGGAUAUAAGCUAACCGCCAGUUUCUCCUUUCUGUGAUUGUCUCUAUAGCUCCUUCCUCAGGGCUGCCUGAUGAAAAGCCAUACCAAGGGGUGCGAGUCCGAGACCCAGUCAAAGAGUUGCUGAGGAGGAAACGAGGACUGCAUCUUCACAAUGCCAAGACAGUGCCCCCUAGAGCGGUGAGGGAAACAUAACAAGAACUAUGAAUUUAGUGUGAGCCUGUCAUUCUAUAAUAGAGAAUUGGACAAGACAGAGCAGGAGACAAAAGAGAACAGAGACCGAGUCAGCAAAGCCACAGGAAUGCCAUUUGAAACAUUUUAGAUAAGUGUCAACCUGAAUUGUCAACCUGUCAACCUGAAGCGUCAACUAGAAUCUUCAGCAUUUUUUCUUAUCCUUACAACAUGCCCUAAAAACCUUUUGUUUGGCUGGACAUGCACAACGUCAACUGAAAGGAUCCUGGAGAAGAUCAGAUUCCUACAGCAGGGUAGAAAAGGGGGAUUUUAUCCUUAUAUAAUGCAGGUGUUUUCCCAUGACAGUUACUACAUGGCUGCAAGGCUGGGCACAGGGCCUAUGCAAAUCAGCUCAGCUCAGCCAUGCCAAGGAGCCCUCUUACCAACCUAUUAAUUACCUCUGACAACACACAAUGCACACACAGUACGGCAUUCUCAACACUACACUCCAAACACACAGGCCCUGAUGAGAUAGAAAGAUUGAGGGCCUGUUAAAAACUGUGAAGUAAUACAGGUUAAUACAUUGUUCUACACACAGGUAACAUGACCAUAUAAGCCAGUGGAUUUGUAGCUACUGUUUAAAUUAUGUUGGCAUUUAAAAUGAUUAAAAUCACUCACCACCUGGGGUUUACCAUUGAAAAUGAACAUACAGCAUUUGAAUGUAAACUCCUGAGCUUUAAAGCUCAAAUACCAUUGUAACUCAGCUUAAAUAAUAAAUGCUUUUGGAGUGAAUUUAGAUUCCCUUCCUUCAGAUAGAUUUCUCAUUACAUAUUUUUCACAGGUUGGGGUCCCAAACAACAACUUCCCUUCAUAUGCACAGCUUGGUAAGUGAAUUGGAGUAUAUAUUCCCAUCAUUACUUUGGAUGAAAGUUUAAAUCUGUACAUUACUAUUGGCUACUAGUGCUAACCCAGUAUGGUAUCUCCAUAGGGACUUCCGGGUUUGAAGUGGCUAGUAGCCUAUCCAAUGACUCCUCCACAGUCAAUGAUGGUGGCCUCUGUGCAGGUUGGAUAGCCCAGCCUGCAGCUACUGCUCUCCAGCCCAUGAACAAUUGGUCCUACCCAGAGUACCUCCAACAGCAUGACCCCACCACCACAACCACCACCACCCUGCCCCUCACCACUGACAUGUACAUGCAGCCCAUGUGCCCCAGCUACACCGUGGUGGGCCCAUCCUCCAUGCUCACCUACACUCACACACCUCUCUUUACCAACUUCGGGGUAAGUGAAAGAGCAACACAUUUUGAUCCUGUGCCAACUGAAUUAAGCAUAAACUCUGUAAACAUUGCGUCAUAUCCACAGAGUAUAGUAUAGUACACCUUCACCUGUACAAACUAGUUGUAACACAGCUGGGUUUUGACUACUAACACAUCCACUGUUGUCGGUGCAGACCCUAGCACCAACAUCCACAGCCCUACCGCAAGUGGACCUCCAGGACUCGGUGCUGACUUAUAUCCCGUGGGCCCAGCCGCUAACCACCAUCCCAUCGGGUGUGCAGUUUGCCUCUCACCCUGCCACUCUGGCUGGGUCUCAGCUGCUUCCCAUGUCCAUGCCAGUGACCCCCACCAUGCCCCAGCAGGACCCCCAGCCCCAGCCCCUGGAGCAGAGCCCUGUUGAGGCUGAAGAACCCAACCCCCUGGAGAAACUUCUGGAGGAUCAGGAUGACAAAUACACAUAUGUGAACAGUUCCUCAAUCUUCAUCCCCGGUGUCUAA